GUGAGCACAGCUGCGCUUCCUCAUUCGUCCGCGUGGUCAUGGAACUGACACAGCGCUACGUUCCCGAAGCGGAGUACGAAGCCAUCCCGGGGAACGCUGAGGGUCCCUGGUGCCGGCGGAGGAAGUAUCUCGCGGGAACAGCCCUCGUUAUAUUAAUAGCUGUAGCAUUAACAAUUGCGAUACUCCUGACAUCUUCGAAAGGAAAUCCUCUUGAUGUGGGUAUAACUCCAGAAUUGCUACCACUGCAGUGGUCUAACAAUUGCCCCAAAAGCGCCUCCUCCUGCCCACCCAGCUUCGAGGGCAUUCCUCCCUUGCUGUUGGUGUCCGUCGAUGGCUUCCGAGCAGAUUAUCUGGAUCGAGGUUUGACACCCACCAUCGAGAAACUAUCCUUGUGCGGAGUUCGAACACCUUACAUGCAACCCGUCUUUCCGACAAAGACAUUUCCAAAUCACUUUAGUCAAGUGACGGGUUUGUAUCCGGCCUGGCACGGCAUCGUGGAUAAUUUCAUGAAUGACACGGAGACAAGAAAGAUCUUCAAACUGGGAAAGUCUUCAAUUCUUGAACCGUUUUGGUGGGAAGCCGAACCGAUUUGGGUGAGCGCCGUGAAGCAGGGAAAGAAGGCUGCCACCUACUUCUGGCCGGGUUCGGACGUGAAGAUCAACGGCACUCGGCCCACCUACUACAAGAACUACUCCUCAUCGGUUCCCUUUGAAGAGCGCGUGGAUCAGGUGCACCGAUGGUUAGACUACCCUCCUUCUGACCGUCCUUCUGUCAUCACUUUGUAUUUCAACGAGCCGGACAGCUCGGCGCAUAGUCACGGAGUCUACUCGAAAGAGGACAGGGCGAUCGAGAGAUUGUUCGCGGGCCUGCAGAUGAGAAACCUCACCGACUGCAUUAACGUUUUCAUCAUGUCCGAUCACGGUAUGACAGACAUCAGCUGCUCUCGAAGUAUCAACAUUGGAAAGUUCGUCGACGUCUCGACCGUCCGAAAUACAGAAGGACCAAUGGGCAGGCUCCAGGUCCUGGAAGAAGCAAAUACAAGCUUGGAAGCUGUACUGCAAGAACUGCGAUGCCGCGACGAGCACAUGAGAGUGUACUUCAGGGAACAGCUACCCGUAAGGGCGCAUUACUCCAAUCACCGUCGCAUUGAACCUAUCUUCAUAGACGUAGACAGUGGUUGGAACCUACUCAGAAGAGAACCCAAGGUGGGAGAAUGGAAAUGUUCCGGAGGAAUGCACGGAUACGACAAUCUCUGGCCUGACAUGAGGAUUAAAACAUCAUCUUCCGUUAUUAUACACUUGCUGGGCUUUUCAGUAGACACCUACAUUUUUGUUCUGUGUGGCCUUCAUGGAUAUCCUAGGACUGAUAAGGCCUUUUUCACAGCCAUUGGCCCAUCCUUGAAAAGAAACUUCUCUGCGGAACCUUUCAUCAACACUGAGUUGUAUGAACUGAUGUGCGAAUUGAUCGAUAUCGUCCCCAAUCCGAACAAUGGAACAAAGGGUGGUCUCCACCAUCUCCUUAAAGCUCCCGGUCAGCCUCUGGAAGAAGAAGAAACCCCCCGAAUUCCCACCAGGGGAUUUGCAAUGCACGAUCCAAGUGCUGCAGAGUGCCCCUGCAACCCGGUUCCAAAUACACAACUGAACACUUCCACUCCCCUUGGUCUCCACCUACCCUUUGGUGUUCCCGACAGCACCACAGAAAACGAUCACCUGUUACUAUUGCAGAAUAGCGACUAUGUUCUUGCCUAUAACACAUUGCAGAGAAUGGCUGCUUGGGUCGCUUUUACCUUGCCUUCACAGGCAAAUUUUUCUGAUUCGAACAACAUUUGCUGGGCUGGCGAUCCCAGAGUUCCCACUGAUAAAACUGCGAAAUGCACGGAUUAUGAUUCGUUAUUUUUCAAAGAGAAAUCCAUCCUUCAAGGCUCUCUCUACCCUAUAGGUUUUUCUGGCGCCCUUACUCAGGCAGAAUCCAUGUUCGUGACCAACUCCAUUCCCAAAUCUGUCAAUCACACUGUUUUGGAGGCCAAGAUGAUCGACAUUCUGAGUCGAUGGUCUGUCGAAGAAGGCCCUGUCCACGUCCUCACAGGACCUGCUUUCGAUCUGCUGGCCACAGGAAUCAAGCCAAGUCCCCAUGACUUCGAAAACGCAAACCGUGGGCCUCUUCUCAUUCCCACGCAUAUGUUUCUAGUCAUCACCUGGUGCUUGGACAAAAAAGCGGAUCUCCAAGACUGUGAUCCUCAUCGAUUGAGGGCGAAUGCCUUUCUGCUGCCUAACUGGCCUUUCUCGGUCAACUGUGAGGUUCCAGAGAAAAUCAUCAAAGAGAACGAGGCUCGAGUAGUGGACGUGGAAAAGCUAACUGGUUUCUCCCUUUAUAAAGCACUGCACGUCUACGAAGUUGUACGGCUGAGAACGAGCUUGCCCAACGACUACUGGAAGACAUUCGCCUAAAACAACUAUUUCGCGCAUUCAUGUCCAAAAUGUUAAUAAAAUCAUUCCUAUUUUUAA